AUGGUGAAACACCUUGAUUCCAAACGACUAAAGCGAUCGAUAGCUGCAGGCAAUCACAACAUAUAUGUGGAAACGUACAGAGGUUCGAACACGGAAGCGAUGAGCCAUCACAUAAGACCAUGCGUAGCGAGAAUGCCAGAUCAAAUCAUACUACAUGUCGGUACAAAUGAUAUAAGAGAUAAACAGACUAAUGAGAUUGUGAAUGGUAUCCUAGAAAUUGAGGAGAUUAUAAAGAAAGAAAGUCCAACAACGAAUGUAGUUAUAUCUGAGCUGAUACACCGAACCGACAAAGCUGAAUUCUCACAGAAAGUCGAUAAG